AUGCAUCUUACUUCCUUGAUCGUUACGGCGGGCGUGGUGGCUGCCGCACCAUCGUUCAGUCGUCGCGGUGCUCCCUCUCACAAGCCCAAUGUCACCAACAUCCAGGUCGGCCCCCGGCCGUAUUUCCUCGUGGAUGACAUGGACGAGGGCCCCUUGAAAAGCAAGCUGGAGUCCUGCGCCGAGAAGCCCAUUCGUCAUGCUCCCCAAUUCUCCAUCGCCCAUCGCGGUGGGCCGCUGCAAAUCCCCGAGCACAGCCGUCAAGGCAUGAUGGCCGCGGCUCGCAUGGGCGCAGGCAUCGUUGAGUGCGACGUCGCGUUCACCCAGGACCGAGAGCUCGUUUGCCGUCACUCCCAGUGUGAUCUCCAUACUACCACCAACAUCCUGACCAUCCCGGAGCUGGCCGCCAAGUGCACCGUUCCCUUCCAGCCGGCGACGGAUAGCACCCCAGCCAAAGCCCAGUGCUGCACAUCCGACAUCACCUUGGCGGAGUUCAAAUCGCUCUGCGCCAAGAUGGAUUCCAGCAACUCGUCGGCCACCACCCCCGAGGAGUACCAGUAUGGUGGUCCGGCCUGGCGCACGGAGCUCUAUGACACCUGCGGCACCCCCGUGGCCCAUCAUGAGUACAUUGAGCUGAUCGAGUCCCUGGGCCUGCAGUUCUCGCCUGAAUUGAAGACUCCCCAGGUUCCCAUGCCCUUCCAGGGUAACUACACCCAGGAGAUGUACGCUCAGCAGCUCAUCAACGAUUAUAAGCGCUACCACAUCAACCCCUCGCGGGUGUGGCCUCAGUCCUUCCUGGAUAAGGACAUCUUCUACUGGCUCCAGCAUGAACCCGCGUUCGGCAAGCAGGCCAUUUAUCUCGAUGAACGCACCGACACCCCUGAGGGUUACAAAGCUGCUGUUGCCAGCCUCCCCGAGCUGGCCGAGAAGGGCGUCAAGAUCAUGGCUCCCGCUAUCUAUGCACUGCUGAACGCGACCGAGGACGGCGAGCUCGUGCCCUCCGAGUAUGCCGUGGCCGCUAAGGAAGCCGGUUUCGACAUCAUCACCUGGUCCCUCGAGCGGUUCGCUCCCCUGGCGCAAGCUGCUGCGGAAGGCGACUACUAUGUGCAAUCGUUUACCUCCGCGAUUAGCAAGGAUGGCGACAUGUACCGCAUUGUCGAUGCGCUGGCGCAGAAGGUCGGCGUGCGUGGGAUCUUCUCCGACUGGCCCGCGACGGUCACUUACUAUGCCAGCUGCAUGGGAUUGAACUAA